AUUGGACAGUCUGCAGAGAGGCAGAUGAGAUAGGGCAACGAGCGAUAGUGCGAGUGAUCAGCAGAGAGAAAUGGCGGCGGCGGCGGCGACAGCGACACCCGCGAUUACAGUCGCUGCAAUUUGCGGGUCUCUCCGAAAAGGCUCCUACAACCGCGGCCUUAUCCGUUCAGCAAUCCAGAUAACCAAAGAGUCCAUACCCGGAAUGGAAAUCGAAUACAUUGACAUAUCGCCUCUGCCGAUGCUCAACACCGAUCUCGAAGUCGACGGGACUUAUCCUCCGGCCGUUGAAGCUUUCCGUAAGAAGAUUCUCGAAGCCGAUAGCUACCUCUUCGCCUCGCCGGAGUACAAUUACUCCGUCACCGGACCUCUGAAGAAUGCGAUUGACUGGGCUUCUAGGUCACCGAAUGUUUGGGCUGAUAAAGCUGCUGCCAUUGUGAGUGCUGGAGGAGGUUUUGGAGGUGGACGUGCACAGUAUCAUCUUCGCCAAAUUGGAGUCUAUCUUGAUCUUCACUUCAUUAACAAACCCGAGUUUUUCUUGAAUGCAUUCCAGCCACCAUUGAAGUUUGAUAGUGAUGGUAACUUGAUUGAUGAAGAGGCUAAGGAGAAGCUACAGAAAGUGCUGCUAUCGUUACAGGAAUUUACUCUUCGUCUCCAAGGUAAGUGCUGAAGACUGACGCAGUGUGUGAGACUGGAGCUCUAUUGUUGUUGCAUCAACAUGUGCAUUGGAUUGGAAUAUUGGAUUGUAUUCAGCCCUUAUUUGGUUUCAUGUUUAUGUCCGGCCCGUGAAUCUGAAAAUUUAUGGCUUGCCCCGCUUAGUAUCCAAAGGUCGGGCCUGAUGGGCCCUGCGGGCCCGGCCUUGAAUAAAAACAUGAAGGAUUGUGUUUGGGCAAGUUCGAAUUGGGGAUAAAUACAUGGUAAACCUAGGUGAGGGAUGCCCUUAACCUACCCCAAUCCCUUAUUUUAAAUACCAAAAAUUAUCAUUUGUAUGACAUCAAUCAAAUUGAAUAUCUUAGCAA